CAGGAAGACGUUUCUCACUUCUGAGCUUUGUGUUAAAAUUUCAACACAAAAUCGUCCAGAGUACUGCUAAAUAUGUUUACGUUCUUGUUGCGUGACGUCGUCAACAAUGUAGCUGCGUGAACCGGAAGCCGAUGUUGCCGAAUCUUUCCUCUCGAGUCCGCUAAAAGAAAACAACAGUAUUGAGCUCAUCGCGCGGAACUGUCUGUCCGUUAAUGGCUGCAAAAUGGUCCCAGUACCGGACAGAUUCCGCAGCGUGGCGAUCUGGCUGUUAAUCUCCGCGAUCGCGCGUCUGUCACACGGAGAUGAAGCGGAGCUCCCUGAUCAGGCGGAUCCGCCGCAGAGGAUCUUCAGGACGGCGGAGAUGGCCGACGCGGUGAUGGGAGUCCCUCAGUCCGCGGGGAUGGAGCCUCUGGCGGGGGACGAGUGCGCUGGAGGCCGCUGUGAGGAAGCGCUGCUGUCCGCCGUCAUCCACAGCGACUCCAGCGAUACCGAGAGCCAGAACUUCACCGUGACCGAGACUGAGCCCGCCAAGACCUACAAAGUCAACUGCGAGCGGAGGAACAUCACGGGGAUCGAGCGCUUCACGGUGCAGCUGCUCAACGCGUCUCAGGACCUGAUGGAUCUGCUGAAUGCCAACAGCUCCGAGUGCUCACUGGUUCUCUUUUACACCACGUGGUGUCAGUUUUCUGCAAACCUCGCGCCGCACUUCAACGCCCUGCCUCGAGUGUUUCCCAGCAUGCACUUCCUGGCUCUGGACGCGUCCCAGCACAGCAGGUUGAUCAGUGACGUUCCCUCAGCGCAGUCCGGCUCCUUGAGGAUGCUUCUGUGUUCAUCAGCUGCAUUUCUCUCUCGCUCUUUUCACAGUCUCUCCACGCGCUUCGGGACCGUGGCCGUCCCUAACAUACUCUUGUUUCAAGGAGCCAAGCCCAUGGCCAGGUUCAACCAGACGGACCGAACGCUGGAGACCCUGACCUCCUUCAUAACGAACCAGACAGGUUUUGAAGCGAGUCCAGAUCAGACGGUACGGGAUGAAGACCGCGUGGGACCUCUGCCUGCGGUUCCUGUCAAAAGCAUCGACUGGCUCUUUGUGUUUUCGGUGCUGUUCAUCUCCAGCUUCACUCUGUAUGCCAUCCUCUGCACAGACAGCAUCCGCUGGCUCAUCCCCGGCCCGGACCACGAGCAUCAGGACUAGAGUCUGCUGAGGGCUCACACUUGGGGAAUAAAUGAGUAUAUGAAUGUA